CAAAAAGUAGGUAUUAAAUUCAUGAAAUUUUGUUAUAAAUGUCCACGUGUAAAAAGUGAAAAAUCUUCUAUCGUUAAAUCAAUCAAUAAUUUAUCAUCAAAAUUACCAUUGAAAUACUACCUAUUGGAUGAAAUUGAAAUAAAGAUCAUUCAAACCGGAGCACAAAUUUAUAUGACUUUGGAUAAAAAACAAGAAAUACCAGUUGUCAUCGGAGCAUCUCCGUAUAUUUUAUACAAAAACUUGCGAAUCAGUUCAUCGUGUAUGAAUUCUUAUUGGUGCAGUUUCAAUCAUAGAACUACAAAAGCCUCAAGUAAUCGACACCGAAAAUUACAGCCGUUUAGAAAACCGUGAAGAAAGUUACGUGUACCUAAUUUUAAUUUUGAAUAUAUUUUCAAAACAAAAAAAAAUCCCAAAAGCCAUGGGUACAGUCAACGUAAACCGUAAUGUAACUGAUGUUUUCUACCGUUAUAAAAUGCCGAAAAUUAAUGCAAAAGUAGAAGGCAAAGGUAAUGGAAUUAAAACUGUAAUUGUAAAUAUGAUUGAUGUUGCUAAAGCUAUUGGACGUCCUGCAACAUACCCAACAAAGUACUUUGGAUGUGAACUAGGAGCUCAAACUCAAUUCGAUUAUAAGAACGAACGGUUCAUUGUAAAUGGAUCACAUGACGCAAGCAAGUUACAGGAUUUACUUGAUGGAUUUAUAAGAAAGUUCGUUUUAUGCCCAGAGUGUGAUAAUCCUGAAACAGAACUAUUGGUAUCAAGUAAGAAAGGCACAAUUUCUCAAGGCUGUAAGGCAUGUGGAUUUCAUGGGCCAUUGGAGGUGAAUCAUAAAGUUAAUACUUUUAUAAUAAAAAAUCCUCCAAACAUAAAUCCUGCAAACCAGGGUGCAUCUCUUACCGAGAGCAAACGAAGUAAAAGGUCAAAAAAAACUGGAGAUAAUGGUGAAACUACUGAGGCUGAUACUAAGCAUGAAGAUUUCAGCGAAGUUGUGAAAUCGGAAUAUAAUGAUGUACAUGAAGAUGAAGAUGAUGAUGCCGAAUGGACUGUUGAUGUUUCGGAAGCAGCUGUACGAUCUCGUUUACAAGAUUUGACAGAGGGUGCAAAAAAUAUGACCAUUUCUGAGGAUGUGGACAAAAGUGAAAAAGAGCGAUUGGACAUAUUUUAUGAAGAAUUAAAAAAACGUCGCGACGCUGGAGAACUGGACAAUGUUCAAGUACAUAAAGAGUUGACCAUUGAAGCAGCUCGAUUAGAUGUUCAACAAAAAGCAACCCUUGUAUUAGCAGAAUUACUCUUUGAUGCAAACAUCUUACAACAAGUAAAAAAAUAUCGCAAUUUACUUUUACGUUUCACACAUAAUGACUUGAAAGCACAAAAAUACUUGAUCGGUGGUUUGGAACAAAUAAUUGCACUUCAUAAUGAAAAACUAAUGAACAAUGUUGCUACAAUCUUGAAGCUUUUUUACGACAACGAUAUUCUUGAAGAAAAAGCUAUCUUAGAAUGGGCUUCUAAGAUUAGUAAAAAAUAUGUAUCAAAAGAAGUAGCUACAACCAUUCAUGAAAAAGCAAAACCUUUUAUUCAAUGGCUCCAAACAGCAGAGGAAGAAGAAGACUCCUCCGAUGAAUCUGAUUUUGAAGUAGAGUAUAACGAUCGUGUGCAAGUGCUUAAAAAAGACUCUGCUCCAAAAACUAUUCAAGGAAACCAAGAUGAAGAUGGUGAAGAUGAUGUAAACAUUGACGAAAUAUAAAAAAGAAAAACAGAAAAUAUCCUAUCAUAGAUGUUCUGAAAUAGAGGGUCACGUUUUUUAACUUUAUUUUCAACUUAAUCUCAAAAAAUAAUUUGUUAUUGGUAUUCACAAAAUGAAAAUAAAACAUGUUUGAUUUCUUAUAACUGAAGAUUUGUGCUAGCUUAUUACACGAAAUAAAACUAUAUGAGUCUGAAUGUUUUCAUUAGUUUA